AUGAUCUUGACCCUCUCAUGGACGCUGCUGGCUCUGCUAGCCCUCUGCACAGCCGCGCCCGCCAACCAGGAGCCCCCCGCCGUCACGACUGCGCCUAUCUAUCUCCCCUAUUACAACAAGGAGUCGUGGUCCGUCGUGCGCGGGAGUAUCAUCUCAAGUAAUCCCGAAGCGCAGGAGACAACCUACACAAUCUUUUGCCCCGAUGCGACCGACUCGAACCCACCGGCUUGCGAUCUUUCGCUCGAGUUUCCUUUUGUGCUAAUAGAAGGACCCGACACGAUCCAGUUUCAUGGCACUCACACAUCGACUCUCACCGCCAAUCUAGAAUGCACACUCCACGGCAAGACGAGGGCGACAUGUUCCGGAUACUCCAGCUUCGCCGACGGCUACGAUAACGGCGUCAAUGAGGGUCCAACCGAGGUGACCUGGACAUCGACAUUCUCAGGCAGCCAGAUGGAAUGGGGCGUCUUGACCAUGGCCGAAUUGCCUCACGACCCCGACUCUUUCACCGCGACAUGGGCGACACCGACGGGAGGAAGCGAGUUUGUGUCUGUACCAAUGGCUACCGAGAGCGACAGUGACAGUGCCGGCGCAAGCAGACGCAUCGACGUGUUUAGAGCCGUGUUUGCGGUUGUAUGUGUUGCUGGGUGGCUAUGGUAG